CGGCGCUGAGGGGCCUCGCGACGAGAGCGGCGCCAUGCCGUGCACCUGCGGGAACUGGCGGCGCUGGAUCCGGCCGCUGGUGGCCACCAUCUACGUGGUGGGGCUGCUGGUGGCCCUGCCGCUCUGCGUGUGGGAGCUGCAGAAGCUGGAGGUUGGAAUCCAAACCAAGGCAUGGUUUAUUGCUGGAAUCUUUUUACUGAUGACGAUACCAAUAUCUCUUUGGGGAAUAUUGCAACAUUUGGUUCAUUAUACUCAACCUGAAUUACAAAAACCUAUAAUAAGGAUUCUAUGGAUGGUGCCAAUUUACAGUCUAGACAGUUGGAUAGCAUUGAAAUAUCCGAAAAUUGCAAUUUAUGUGGAUACGUGUAGAGAAUGCUAUGAAGCCUAUGUCAUCUAUAACUUCAUGGUAUUUCUUUCAAAUUAUCUGACCAAUCGAUAUCCAAAUCUGGUGUUAAUUAUAGAAGCGAAAGAUCAGCAGAAACAUUUACCACCAUUGUGCUGCUGUCCACCUUGGCCUAUGGGAGAGGCGUUGUUGUUCAGAUGCAAGCUGGGAGUUUUGCAGUAUACUGUUGUCAGACCAUUCACCACUAUAAUUGCUUUAAUCUGUGAAAUGCUCGGAGUAUAUGAUGAAGGGAACUUUAGCUUCAAAAAUGCUUGGACGUAUUUAGUCAUAUUCAACAAUAUGUCUCAGCUUUUUGCCAUGUACUGCCUUGUACUGUUUUAUAAAGUACUGCGGGAAGAAUUAAACCCAAUCAAACCUGUGGGCAAGUUUCUGUGUGUCAAGAUGGUGGUUUUUGUUUCUUUUUGGCAAGCUGUACUUAUUGCAUUGCUGGUGAAAGUUGGUGUUAUCUCUGAGCAUGACACAUGGGAAUGGAGGAGUGUAGAAGAAGUGGCAACUGGCUUACAAGACUUUAUCAUCUGUGUGGAGAUGUUCUUUGCUGCAAUUGCUCACCACUACAGUUUUUCCUACAAGCCUUAUGUUCAAGAAGCUGAAGAAGGCUCUUGCUUUGAUUCCUUUCUUGCAAUGUGGGAUAUUUCUGAUAUCAGGGCAGAUGUAACUGAACAGGUUCGCAAUGUUGGAAGGACAGUAUUUGGCCAACCAAGGAAAAUGUUUUUUGGUGAAGAUCAGGAACAGGAUGAACAUACAAGUUUACUGUCUUCAUCUACUCAAGACCCAAUUUCUGCUUCCUCUUCCAUACCAUCAUCUCCUAUGGGUCACUAUCAAGGGUUUGGACACACUGUGACUCCAACAAUGCCUACUGAACCAACUUCGGAUGGACUCUAUAGCUCUGUGGAAGAGAGAGAAGAUUCCCGUGUUCCAACAGAAAAGAUUGUGGAUUAAACGUUCAACCGUUCUUUUUUCA